CAUCGAGCAUCGGCGGCCAAUUCUGUUUCCGCAUCUUCAUUUCAAUCUCUCAGCAAUUAGCUACGCUGUCAAUGGUGUUCGCUGCCGCAACAGCAUCGAGCCUGGCGCUCCACGCGCUCAUGUUAGCAUCGCCACUGGCUUCAUUACGAACAUCAAGCUCCAACCGAACCUUAGCUUUCUCUUCCUUAUCCUCUUCUCCUAGAACUUCUCUCUCAACAAGCUUCUUGUCCCCCUUCGCCGCCGGCGGAACUGUCAUCGGCGACUUCUCCGGCAUAAAAAUUCGACCUGAAUGUCUCAAUCCGGCUUCAAUUUCCAGUUCUAAAGGCAAAAGAAGCGUUGUCACUAUGGUUAUUCCUUAUACUAGGGGAAGUGCGUGGGAGCAACCUCCCCCUGACUUAGCAUCUUACCUGUUCAAGAAUCGGAUUGUUUACUUGGGCAUGUCUCUUGUACCUUCUGUCACAGAGUUAAUACUUGCAGAAUUUCUUUACCUUCAGUAUGAGGAUGAAGAGAAACCUAUUUACCUCUAUAUAAACUCCACUGGUACAACCAAGGGUGGUGAAAAGCUGGGUUAUGAGACAGAGGCUUUUGCAAUCUAUGAUGUUAUGGGGUAUGUCAAGCCACCUAUAUUUACCCUCUGUGUUGGUAACGCUUGGGGAGAAGCAGCUUUACUUCUGGCUGCUGGGUCAAAGGGAAAUCGAUCUGCACUACCUUCAUCAACUAUCAUGAUAAAACAGCCAAUAGGAAGAUUUCAAGGUCAAGCAACAGAUGUCGACCUUGCAAGAAAAGAAGUCAAGAAUGUGAAAGCAGAAUUGGUCAAUCUCCUGGCGAAGCAUAUUGGAAAAUCACCUGAACAGAUUGAAGCAGACAUCAGUCGCCCAAAAUAUUUUAAUCCAGCUGAGGCAGUUGAAUAUGGCAUCAUAGACAAGGUACUAUAUAAUGAAAGGAGCACCAAAGACCGUGGAGUUGUUUCUGACCUUAAAAAGGCACAGCUUAUAUGAUUGACAGAAAUUUAGAUUGGUGAUUGUUGUGAGUAAUCAGAGAAGGUUAUGUUAAUUUGCAUUUGGCUGAAGCGAAGUAUAUUGAAUUGACGGUGACACAAACGAACCAAGAAAUGGAAUGUGGCCUUGAAUGGGAGCAAGGUUGUGGAUAUUAUAACCUUGAAGCUUUUUUAGAUAUGGAUUAUGCUGUUUCUGUGGUUAAUCUAAACGUAUAACAAGCAUUUGUUGUAACAUAAUGUAUUGCAAAAAUAUGAAUGCACAUGCAUUGAUGCAUGUAAUUUCAUGCAGAUCAAUUUAAUUGUAGCUACUUAGUUUGUUUC